UGCACCGGCACCAUUUGUUCGCGGCGUGGAUCUCUCCGCGGUAUACAUAUAUAUGCGCGACUGUCGUAGGCACGCUUGACGUGCACUUGGGGUUUCAUUUGGAUUUUUCGUUUCGGUGAUUGGGUGAAUUUUUCUUUGUUCCGAAGAAAAGUGCAAAUUUUUGUUUUAGUGUGAAAAAUAAGUACCGAAGGGUUCGUCGGAAGUUUGGAUUACAUUUUUAAGAUGCGUCCGUACCUCCUGUUGGCAGCGUUGCUGGCUUCCACGGACCACCUCGAGCUCGUGGACUCGAGCGUCCUGGUCGCGGACAUGGCUAUGACCCGCAUGGUCGAGUUGAACGCCGGGGCGCCGUUUUGCGAGCUGUACCACGAUCGUGGUACCAUUCAGCGUAUGGUGCUGGGAUCCGAUCCCAACAAGGUGCGUCAAAUCUCUAACAAUCUCGUCGCCGACCUCGAAGAGACUUGCAAGGCUUCCCGGAUAAAGGGCAAGAACCAAGCCCCGGGCGGUGGUAUAAUGUACCCGGGGACGAAAUGGUGUGGUCCGGGCAACGUGGCAGCCAACUACGACGAUCUCGGGCAGCACGCCUCGGAGGACGCCUGCUGUCGCGAGCACGACCAUUGCCCGAAGACGAUAUCGCCCCAGGAGUGCAUCCACGGCAUCUGCAACUACUCGCCGUUUACGCGCUCCCAUUGCGACUGCGACGCCAAGUUUCGCCGGUGUCUGCAGUCGAUCAAUACCGAAGUCGCCAAUACCCUUGGCGCCCUGUUUUUCAACGUCAUACAGGUCACCUGCUUCAAGGAACGCCGUCCCUGUUCGCAGUGGCAGAGAAACGGCUACAACGAGUCCGAGUGGUCGAAACUAUGUUCCCAGUACAAGUUCCAGCCAAGCGACAAGUACGUGCCAUUGAUGCCUUUACACCUCUGAAAGAAGCUUCACUGAACGUCUCGUCGAGCGGAAACGUCCAUUUGUGAGGAAGUAGAAUAGUUUUUUUUUUUUUUUUGGUUUACGAGGGAAAAUUAAAUAAGCCUUAGUAUUUCAGAACAAAACGCUUGUCUUAUAGGCUCCACUGCGUCGUUGUUUGAUUGAUUUUUACUUUUUGCCAGAGUUGAGGUAGAAAAAGUGCGGCAAAUGUGUUUUUACCUUUAAUGCAUAACUUUUACACUAUGAGUAGCCUUUUUCCAGAUGUAAUAUUAUUAAAAGGAUAGGAAAUUGACUGUAUAACGGAAGUUCGAAUAGUUUUCUUUUCAGCUUGAAAUAAUAGCGUUGCGUCCGCUUUUUAUAAAUAUGAUUUAUUAGCUUAUUAAAAAUCGUAUGUAAGUGUAUUCCUAUCUAAAAUAUUCGGAAUGCGUAUCAACUGGCAUUUGAAAAAAUUCGACGACCUUGAAAACUAUGGUAAAACACGCUUACUUUGUUAUAUUGAUAUUAAGUAUUAAAAAAAAAAAUGAGAAUAAAUGCAUGAUAGUGAUUAUUUUUAGCAUAGUAUACCUCAAAGAAAACUUGAGAAGUUUAAAUUGAUACGGGAAAAAUAGAAAAAGUAUAAAUAUAACGAGUAUCUGUGCCCUGAAAAUUACGUUUUUUUUAUCCAUAGUGACUUUACAUUAUGUAUGAUAUAAUAAUUGUAACGUAGGUAUAUAAUACGCCUUGUGAUAGAAAUUCUUAAACUUUUACACUUUUACAAAACAAUAAUAAUUAGUACUGCUGUAAGUACUAAUGUAGACGUAGAUUUUUAUAUUCCUAUAUACUGAAAUCAUGUAACAUUAUUGCUUAUGCGUACACAUCAAAGGCAUGUAUUAUCUUUAUCCAGUGAUCUCUAGUCUUAAAAAUAUUGUUAUUAAACGUUGCAGUAAUUAAUUUAUAUAUUGUCAAUGAACCCACAUGUGUGAUGUAUUUAAUCAUGUGCAUGUAUUGAUUAAUACCAAUGUAUUAUAUAUUGUGAUUUAAGAAACAACAGAGCAAUCAUACGAUGAUAAUAAUUUUAUUGUAACCGCUUUUCAAAUAAAUAUCCGAUGAUACUGAA